CUCUCAUCCUCUAGGUUAAAGCGACGCCGCCGCCGCCAGCCGUCAGCCUUGCCCUUCCUCUUCCCCGAAGGCCUGGUCCUCCCCGCUCCCACCUCCACUAACCUUCCGCUAGCUAGGGUUAGGCACCCCCCGCAGCAGCGAUGGCGAUCAAGCGGACCAAGGCCGAGAAGAAGCAGGCGUACGACCGCAAGCUGUGCAGCCUGCUGGACGAGUACACCAAGGUGCUCAUCGCCCUCGCCGACAACGUCGGCUCCAAGCAGCUCCAGGACAUCCGCCGCGGCCUGAGGGGCGACUCGGUGGUGCUCAUGGGGAAGAACACGCUCAUCAGGCGCUGCAUCAAGGCCUACGCCGACAAGACCGGGAACCACACCUUCGACCCGCUCAUGGACCUCCUCGUCGGCAACGUCGGGCUCAUCUUCACCAAGGGCGACCUCAAGGAGGUGCGCGAGGAGGUGGCCAAGUACAAGGUUGGCGCUCCAGCUCGUGUUGGGCUGGUUGCUCCUGUUGAUGUCGUUGUCCCCCCUGGCAACACUGGCCUGGAUCCCUCCCAGACAUCUUUCUUCCAGGUGCUCAACAUCCCCACCAAGAUUAACAAGGGUACUGUUGAAAUCAUCACACCAGUGGAGCUCAUCAAGAAGGGUGACAAGGUGGGCUCAUCCGAGUCUGCCCUGCUCGCCAAGCUUGGUAUCCGCCCCUUCUCGUACGGUCUUCAGGUCAUCAAUGUCUAUGAGGAUGGGUCGGUCUUCAGCCCUGAGGUGCUCGACCUGACCGAGGACGACCUGGUUGAGAAGUUCGCCACUGGUGUCUCCAUGGUUGCCUCUCUGUCCCUGGCGCUCUCAUACCCAACCCUUGCCGCUGCGCCCCACAUGUUCAUCAAUGGGUACAAGAACGUGCUUGCUGUUGCUGUGGAGACGGACUACUCGUACCCGCAUGCUGAUGAGAUCAAGGAGUACCUCAAGGACCCGAGCAAGUUCGCCGUUGCUGCCCCUGUUGCCGCUGCGGACUCUGGUGUGGCGGCUGCUCCCAAGGAAGAAGAGAAGGCGCCCGAGCCCGCUGAGGAGUCAGACGAGGAGAUGGGCUUCAGCCUGUUCGACGACUAAGCUGCUCGCAACGCCUGUGCUGCUGCAAGUUUUUGGCUUUUGCUUAUGAGACACCAAAGUACUGUCACCUUAUUAUUUAGCGUACCAUGCUUUUAGUAGACAAAGAACUCAGUUGUGUCCCUACCUAGUGUGUAAUCGACGAUGGUAAUGGUAAUCUGGUUAUGUUAAGCACGUGCCUUGUGUUCUA